AUGGCGGGCCAAGACGAAGGAGAGCCACUCCAAUGCGGUGAAGUAAGGGAGAAGAUACCAGAGGCGGAACUCAAGAACAUCACCACCGGCACAAUCAUCUGGGAGGUCACUGCUGACGAAACUACGAACGUUAAUGCCAAAAUCGCCAGGUCAGACUGUUUCCCAACUUUCGACGGUCUUUAUUGCGUGAAGGACGCGCCCUGGAUUGUUCUUUUCAAGAAUGAAGAGGAAGCGAGUCUCGAAUGCUUGAGGAUGACCCGACACGGCGGCGACGGCAGUUCGAAAUUGACACCAACGCAGCUUGCCCAGACAAUGCGUGUACUGUAUCCGGCUGAAAUUGACACAUCUCUUGAUGAGGCAGCUCCAGCCGUUGAGCGACUACCCGGACAGCUUGAGCUAGAGCAUGGGCCCCCAUCGACACGUUCUCAACACACUUGCUGUAGUGAACCCGGUCCUUGCAAUUGCACUAACGACAAGGCAGCCGGGGUACCAUUGAGCAAGAGCAUGGUGGGGUAUGCGACGAGUAUUGAUUUAAGACGAACGGGGAAGCAUGACCUACCGAUACGGCGUAUAUCGGUAUAUGGGGUAUAUGGAGUGUUAGACGCUUACGUUAAAUCUUUGUCCCACUUUGUCUGGGAAUGCGACAUAGGAAGGGUGGAGUACAGGCACGCAAAACUCUCGGUGAGCUCAGUAACAGCUGCAAGUCUUUGUCAGCAGAUUCUUUCAGCAUGCUUUCGCAUGGCAAUAGGGGAGUAG